GACGAGCACCACACCUGCCCUGCAAAGACGGAGCGCUGACUUGAAGCUGUCUGUCUUUUACACACACCACUACACACCUCAGCACGGUGCCAGGUGAGGUAGCAGGUCAUAAGUCACACUGUCAUGGUGACAAAGUUGCUGUGGAUCCUGUUGGUCGGCCUGCUGCUAGCAGGGGGGCGGGGCCUUGCUGAUGAUGAUGGAGAAGGGGCGGAGCUUGAGGGCCUGGUGAUGGAUGACGGCACACCUGACGGCCGGGAGCCAUGUGCCAGGUGGAUGGGGGGUGUUCCGGGCACCCCCGGGCACGAAGGCCUCCCAGGCCGGGACGGCAGGGACGGGCGCGAGGGAGAGCGAGGGGACCAAGGAGAGCCAGGCCCCCCAGGGGAGAGGGGAGAGCCCGGCGCGGGAGGAGGCAUGGGUCCGACGGGGUCGCGCGGUUUCCCGGGCAACCCGGGGCUGAAGGGGGAACGGGGCGAGGGUGCGUUCGAGCGCCGCUCAGCCUUCAGCGUGGGCCUGGCCGACACCGCCGCGGCAGCGGACGACCCGGCCAUGCCCAUCCGCUUUGGCAAGCUCUUCUACAACGAGCAGCGGCACUACGACGACGUCAGCGGCAAGUUCCGCUGCACCGUCCCUGGCGUCUACUUCUUCACCUACCACCUGACCGUGCACGGCAGGGACGCCCGGGUCGGCCUGUACCGUAACAGCAAGGUCGUGGCCUUCACCCUGGACCAGUUCAAGGAGAACAACCUGGACCAGGCAUCGGGGGCCGCCGUUCUGCGGCUGGCGGCCGGGGACGAGGUCUGGCUGCAGGCAUACGGCGAGGAGGGGGCUGACACCAGUGCCAUCUAUGCCGACAACAUCAACGAAUCCACCUUCAGUGGGUUCCUCCUGUACCCCGAGAUUCGCACCCACCCCCUGACUGACCGGAGGCGCUGACCCAGGACACACGAGGGGAGGCACAAGGGUCGG